GCUUCGUGCGCCGCCGUGAAAGCCGAGCGCGGCCGAAGCGGACGACGGCGCUCGAUCGAACGUCUUCGUUGACGGUGCGCGUUCGUGCAGCCUCACGGCCGGACUCGUCCUUUCUCGCGUUUCGUCAAGUCCGCUGACGAUCGAACGAUCGAUCGUCGUUAUCGGCUCGUCAGAGGCUACUCAACGGUCGCCGCUCCAUCCGCGACGCUUUCUUCACGCUUGUCAAUUUUCCACGGUAUCGGUGUUUUUCCGUCACACGUCGGUAAAAUCGUCAAGCGACAACCGUCGGAACGUCAUGUAUAGUAUGUCCUUUUUUUCCGACGAAUUACGCAGUUUUGUAAUCGCCAAUGAGAAAUCGAACGCGCGCGAUUGAUCUUCCUUCAUUCCGAGUGUUUCUUUGGAUAACUCAUCUAGCCGCUUGUUGACAGUAUUCUCCACCACUCUGUGUUUUCUUUGCCGAGGAUUUUCCAGCGCAAUUUCUUCAUUCAGCCAACGCUUCGUUCAGGAGGAUGAAUGAUUCUCGACUAAUUCCGAUAAGGGAAAAUCUCUGCUGAUGUUGUUGGUAUUUCGAAGAAUGCAAACUCGUUUGUGAAUUUAUUGCGAAUUUCCCUUAACAAGGUGAGUUUUCACAGAUGAGUCAUUCGUGACGUAGCGAAUGGGUACACUGUCCAGCAAAUGUAAGAGCUAUCCUAGAUCAUCGUUGAAUGCAUCAGACUGAAUACAAUGUGUAAAUAAAACAACUUACGCUCGUAUUCGAUUGCACCCUGUCAGUAAAUCUAGUCUUGUAAAUGUUUUUGAUACAAAUGCAACUCCUGUGUGCAUUGAUAAAAUAGGCUGUGCUAUACGUGUGCUGUAUCAUACAGAUUAUUAUUUUCUUUUUUAAUUAUAGAAUUGGGUUAAUGGAGUAACAAUGAAAUAGGGUGAAACUAGAGGGAAUUUCAAAUAUAUAUCACUAAAAUUUCAUUAUAUUUUCAAUAAAACAUUUCCAUCAGGGAGUGUGAAAGAAGAAAACAAUGGGUGCAAUGGAAGACACACACUGAUAAUAUAACCUAGUAUAUGUAAACAUUCUAAAAUGAUGAUACAGAAUGAUAAUCGCGUGAAUCAAAUGCGACUUUGAUAUAUAAAGUGAUGGCUUGCGGAGAAUGUUCAUAUAUAUAAUACAAUUUAUAUAUGUAUAAAAUAAGCGACGUGAGAUGUAACCUUUUGUAGACAAUUAUAUCACAGGUAGCAUCGUCCCUUCCUUUUGAAAAUCAGUAAAUCAAACUUUGCAGAAAAAAACAUCACAGAGAAAGAUGGUGGAAAAGUAUUGAAACGGAAGCUGCCGAAACAAGUGUCUCGUGGGGGAAGAAAAACAGAGCGAAGAAGACAACAGAGAAUUCGGUAUGAUCGGUGGUAGAGGUAGAGCUCGCUCGAGAAUAUCAGGCGGGGUGGUGGAGGCAUGGAAGCCGAAACUGGCCGACCGUCUCUUCAGAGGCUCUUUAGAGGUUCCUUGCCAUCUACAGGAAUACCCGGAUUAGAUGUUAUAAGAGCCCUGCAUCAAUAUUCGGUGGCUUCUCUUGGUCAACUUGUCUUGGUGAUUCAGACGGUCGUAUCGUUGCGUUCAGCCUUGGAUUCGUCGCGAGAGGAACUUCGUCGUCUGCAAGAGAGCGUCGGGACUUUCUCCGGCGAGAGCUACGUCGACGCGGUCAGUCGUCUGGCCCUCGAGAAUCACGCACUCAGGCGGAGGAUUUUGAGCAGAGGCUGCGAGUUUUCCAGCGAUGCAACAACCAGUCCGAGACGACUCGUCGUAGAGGAGCGUACGAAACCCCUCUUAUGUGGCAGCCAACACUCGGAUCCCGGCACUAUGGACGUGAAGAAGGCCGAUGCGAUCGAUGGACACCACAGCAGCAACGACGCGUCGAAAGACAGCUCGAAGAUUGCCGAGCCUGCGAUGCUGAGCGUCGUUCCUCCGAUUGAAAGUCGCAAGUCUUCGAAUGCGGUUAAUAACGAGGAAGUCUCGGGCGUGGAGCAUCUCGACGUUCCCGAUAAGGAUACCGAGGACUUGAGUCUAAAGUCCAUCUCCGACGGCGACAAUUCCGUGUUCAGCGACCACACGCAGCCGCCUCUUCGCCAGCAGGGCGAUUCUUCGAGACCAAACGAACAUUCGGAGAACGAAUCGGAGGAACUGGACGACAUCGAGCUGAUAUUCACGACGGACGAGACCGAUCUCGGUCUGCAGGAGGACCUCGUGUCCAUCACGGAGACCGAGUCCUGGCAAGUCCAGGCGACGAGCCAGCCCGUUCUUCUCAAGUACACGAAGUCGGCGGAGGGCGAGUCGUUGGUCUGCAACGGCGACAAGACCAGCUCCGUCGAGGAGGCCGUCUCCUCGCAGAGCUCGAGCAUCGAUCGCGAGGAGAGCGUCGACAGAUUCGACGAGAGUUCCAGCACCAGGCUCAACAAGAUGUGGUCGCAGUGCUCCGUCCUGGUCGAGACCGACAUCAGCAAGUGCGGCGUGUUGGAAGACGAGGGCGGAUCGUUGCGACACGCCGCGAGAAGGAACACACUGGCCGCGCCGCCCACGGCUUACAGGCCCAUCAUCCAUCGGGAAGCUCUGGCUGGCAAUCGGCGGAAGAGCUCCGCGCCGUUGCGACCGGUGAUGGACCGCAGCGGCGGCGGCGCCCGGAGAGAAUCCGGCGCCCAGACGGACAUCUCCGCGCUGCCGGCGCAGUGGCGGUCCGAGAGCUAUCUGGCGCACAAGGUCGCGCACACCUUCACCACCCUGCCGAGUAAGUUCGCCCUGCCGACGGGAGUGCCCGGCCGGCUGAGGCUGUCGGACAAGACUCGAGAAGCCAGAAGGGUCAUGUUGUCGGACAUCAGUUUCACCAGCAUGGUGCCGGAGUUGUCGAGGAGCGCGGAUCACCUGUGCCAUGAUCCCCACGCCCAGACGUGUUCGCGCGGCCUCCGUACGCCGGAAGCCCAUCGACGUGAGUCUCUGGGUUCCCCCGCCGGAUACUGGCCGCGUUGCAACCCCGCGACGGGCCUGCCGAGUCCUUGCGACUGCCGCUUGUCGAGCGACCUCUACCGAUACCGCGGCUCCUUGACCUCGAUACCGUCGCCCGAGGUGGUCGGCGCUCCGCCGCGCAGGCAUUCCUGGAGGGCGACUGCGGCCUCCUUCGACACGUGGCGGGCGCCGGUCGCGACUUCCACGCCGCGGCCCACGUGGUCCUCGAUGCCGUCGUCUCCGACGCAUCCUCCGUCGCAGACCUCCUCCUCCAGAGCCUCUUCGAAAAAUCUACCAAAGAGGACGCGAUCCAAGGUGACCUUUCAAGAAUGUCCGACGCGCGGUAGCCUGCCCAACCUGCGCUCGGAUUCGGCCGGCGGUGAGAACAGCGGGGAUUCCACCGAAUCGUUGAUCGACGAGGCCGAGGAUUACCUGCGCCGAAGUAUCGACUCUAUGCUGACGAUAUCAAGCGCCAGCACGGAUCAUUGGAGUAAACAGAGGCGAAGAAGAGCGCGCAGACACUCGGAACCCGAUCUGAUUCGCGAUUGGCAUCCUCCUCAGGAUGCCAGGCCGUAUUUGCCAAAGAUACCGAGAGAUCUCAAACUGGAUCACCUCGUCAAGGUCAUAUCGCCGGAGGGCAGGGUCCUUCAGGGUCGCGUGAGAUACAUAGGUUCUGUUCCGGGCCGGGAAGAUGCACACGUGGGCGUCGAGCUGCCGUAUCGCAACGGCUCGUCCGACGGUACAUUUCACGGUAGAAAGUUCUUCGAGUGUGAACCGAAUCGAGCGAUUUUCGUACCAUUCAAAAAGGUGGUACUCGCCUGGUGCACCACCUGACCCGAGGCUUCUGUGCCCGCCACUCCUCGUAUUCUACUCUCCCAGUACACCAUGUAAAAACGAGCUGGGAGAAACGUAAGUUACAGCCUCUGUUGUGUGAUUCUCCAUAAUCAAUUAAUUCUCUCAUUCCCACGAUGGAAUUGCACAGAUUCUCACUACGAAAGAAGUGCAAUGCUACAUGUUUGAUAUCUUCGGUCACCACUGCCUGCGGAAAUAGUAGUUCCAAAGACAUCGUCUGAUAGAACCGCCUCGCUUCAAUAUUUCAGACUUGCCCAUUUGACUGAUGAAUAUUCGCGAAGAGAGUCGGGGUACGUGAAUACAUCGUUACCGUCUGCUAAACGAUUAGUUUUAGGAAUGAGAGAAUUAAAUUUCAUAUGAUUUUUUUUCUUCGAUACGAGGAAAUAAGAGAGGAGACAGACCGAGGUAUCAGCCGCUGAUGAAUUUUCAGCAAGAAUAAUCAAAAGUAUCGAUAAAGUUUCCGUGAAUGAGCCAACCCUUACCUAAUCUAGGAAAAUUAUGUUUCUCACUUAAGGAAAACCAAGCGAAUUUUGAUUAACAUUACUAGUGCACGCAUGGAGAACAAUUUCGCACGGAACUUGUUAAGAUGGAAGUUUUCUCUCUCGUUCGAAGAUUUCAUCCGACAGAUCGUUUUCUCUUCCUUGCACAAAUAUAAUGACGAAGGUUAUACUAAUACAGUGUUACUUUUUUAGACUCUAUUCUCGUAUAUAAAUAUCGCCUCACUCUGUUUCUCGGCUGGUGAUCAAAUGUACAGUUUAGCCGAUAUCAACAGCGAAAACUUGCUCUCGACGUGUGUGUGUGUUUUUAAAUGGGACUAAACGCGAAUACAGAAGACACCCAACUCUCUCUCUUUCAGUCAAGACAGUGACAGAUAUUAAUUUCUUAUCGAUCUAAUAAUAUUUCAUGUAUUGCGCGUUGCUUACGAAUUCACGAGCUUUCGAUGAACAGAUGUUUUAGUGUACGUAUGUAUUUUAUGUAUACCUAUCUGUACAUUUUAAAGAGACACGCGUACAUGUGGGCACUUCACUUGGUUGUAUAAAGACACCUAUCGUUUUAUCGAUGGAUCCGAUCAGAGAGCAAGGAGGGACCGCAUCGAUUCUACCGAAUUUCUAGAUUCAUAGAAUCCCUCUAGCUGAAUGUUAACGUAAAGAAAAAAAAAACAAAGAGAUUGUUGUCAACCUCCCCCUCCCCCCUCCCGCU